AUGCAUCUCCCAUCCUCCAAAGACCUGCGAUUUCCCCAAGAACUGAUCGAGUCAUUCAUUGAUCACCUCGCUGCAGCCUCAACAAUUGAGGACGGCUCAACCACAAGCGAUGUCGACACCGAAAGCCACAAAGCCCUUCUUCAAUGUCUCCUCGUAGCUCGAUCCUUUCACCAUCGAGCACGGCAUCACCUCUUCUCCGAAGUCAUUGUCGUCAAUCGAACGAAGUUGUCAAGGCGUUUCUCCACUUUCCGAGACCUGCUUCAUGACGUCUCUCCUUCGAUUCCCAGCUUGGCCAGCACCAUCACCUCGAUCCGGUUGAUCCAGAGCUACAGCGACCUCUCAGAAGAGCCGCUUGACAGCGGAGCCAUGACCGCGAUCAUGCGAAGAUUGCAUGGUCCCGAUUACGGUGUCAGGAAGUUUAGCUUGGAGUUGUAUGGCACGCAGUGGAUAGACCUUCCGACCGACUUCCAGGACGCGUUGCAAGCUCUCUGCCAUUCUCCGCAUCUGAAGAAUCUACAACUGAAGCAACUAUACGAUCCUCCCAUGUUACUCUUUACGAACACUUUCCUCGAGAACCUCUCUCUCCGAGAGUGUCGAUCCCGACUGAACUGGGAGAGUGCCCUCACAGGCGACGACGAGUUGGUACCUAGUGACGAGGAUGCUUUUCCUCGCCUACGCUCCUUCGACACCGACUUCACCUACCUCUUCCCAAAGCGAGACUAUGCCCUAAACACAUCCAAUCCAGCCAUGAGCCCACAUCUCUUCUCCCAGCUCCAGCAUCUCUCCACUGUCUUUGAGUCUCAUGAGCGUUCUUCCUUCCAGCUCAUUGAAGGUUUUUUGUCCGUGGCGUCUAACUCUAUUCAAACACUCGAAAUGCACGUAUGGUGUGGAUUGUUCGUCAAUCCAGUGCAUGAUCCAAUAAUGUUGAUCUCCAAGCCGAUGCGACACUUGUCGACGGUGAAUCUUCUCUUCAAUGAAAUCCGUACGCCGGGUGUCCCGCCCAUAUCGAACCAGCUGACCACUGUGGCCUUCAUAUUGGCGGCCUUGCCAUCCAGCAUGCCGUCGCUCCGGAGCAUCACAGUCGAACUUAACUUUCAGAUUGGUAGAGAGCAGUCAUGGAAUGUUGUUGUCGACCCUACUGGCUUGUGGACGACCCUCGAGCGCCGACUGUUCGACGUAAAGUUCUGCUCUGUAAGCGUUAUUAACGUCCUCAUUCGUCCCGUUAUGAUACCGGGGGAGGUAGCGCUUGAGCAACGCCCGGAGUUCGAGCGCAAGGUGUCUACCAUGGAUUCCCUUCUCCUGUUCGCCUUGAAGUCCUCCUUGUUGCGGUCUCUAUCUUCCGAUCGUCGGUUCGCAUUGAACGUGAAAACAGGUAUUGAGUAUAGUCAAUCUUAA